CCGCGCCGGCCGCACUAGUCCGCAUCGUGCACUCCCGCCAUUGCCGACCGCAAACUUCGCUCGCGACAGCGUGUCACAGAUCGCCACCUGAAAAAAUAAAUAAAAAAUACGUGAUGAACUCUUCACUGUGAGACGAGCCGGCGCCGUAGACGGAACCGCUUAAAAACUCGUAAAACCCCGGCACGCGCUCCCGAGUCGUAAAAUAAUCGUAAAAAGUAAACACACGUCAACUGGCCUUUAUCGCCAACGAAGCCCAUUAUGACGCUCGAGUGACGUUUAAGAGGCAAUAAAAUUAAUAAAAUUAAAUUUGAUUGUCUGGUAUUUGAGUGACAUUGGCGGAGGUCGCGUUAUCACGGCGCGUGGGGUCGCGAUGACAUAAGUGUUGUCUAACUGAGUGACGUCUGAGUGUGACUGAUCAGAAUGAACUCUUACUUCGAGCAGGGUGGCUUCUACGGGGCCCAUGGGGUGCACCAGGGCGGCGGCGGCGGCGACCAGUACCGAGGGUUUCCUUUGGGGCUGACGUACGCUCAACCUCACGCGUUACAUCAACCUCGCCCUCAAGAUUCCCCAUACGACGCAUCAGUGGCGGCAGCUUGUAAAUUAUAUGCCGGAGAGCAACAGUACGCUAAGGCGGAUUGUUCGAAAGCUGGUGGUGAACAGCAGAAUGGAUAUGGAGGGAAAGAGUGGGGCUCUGGGCUGGGAGCUUUAGUGAGACCAGCAGCUUGCACCCCUGAAGCUAGAUAUAGCGAGUCGUCGAGUCCAGGACGAGCCUUGCCCUGGGGAAACCAGUGCGCGUUGCCGGGAGCAGCAGCAGCGGCAGCACAGCCGGUCCAGCAUCAACCCACCAACCACACCUUCUACCCUUGGAUGGCCAUAGCAGGAGCGAACGGCCUAAGAAGACGAGGAAGGCAAACGUACACUAGAUAUCAAACGCUAGAGUUAGAGAAAGAGUUCCACACGAAUCACUACCUCACGCGGAGGAGACGCAUUGAAAUGGCGCAUGCGUUAUGUCUCACGGAGCGACAAAUCAAAAUUUGGUUCCAGAAUAGACGGAUGAAGUUAAAGAAAGAAAUACAAGCCAUCAAAGAGUUAAACGAGCAAGAGAAGCAGGCGCAAGCGCAGAAAGCAGCGGCGGCGGCAGCGGCCGCAGUGGCUGCGCAGGGCCAUCCUGAACACUAAGGCCUCAGGCCUUAGGCCCCAGGCCGCCAGGCCUCGCGCUAGCCCAGUGAUACGAUCGCAGUCCGCCGAACAGUCCUUAGUUUUGUGUUCUGUAUAUUGUUUGUAAUUAUUUUUCGUUAUUAAGUGUUGUUCGGUUGUUGUGAUUAUUUUUAUAUUAAUUAUUAUUUACUAGAAAAUUGUUUUCCAAUUGAACGAACAAUAAACUGUUACAUGCUAGACUAGAAACGGGUCGUAUUAUUUUGUGUUUCGGGUUUUGUUUAUUGUUGUUUUUUUGAAUAUUUUAAUUCGCAGUCGUUAAAGGCGUUCGGAAACCAGUGCAAUUUGUAGGAAUCCCUUCCGUGUAUGAUAGUGUAGGUGUAUCGUAGUGCGUAACAUUGUGCGACGUAGUGCGCAGCUCGGCAGCGGGCGUCUGAACUGUAUUGUACAAAUCUAAUAUGCCUACCAAAGAGACCCGGUCUCGUACCCUUAAAUCUAAGUAAAGAGUCGUAAGUUAAAUUAAUACGCUGUUGGACUGUGAAACCUUCCGCGCCAUCUCUCCUUCAAUACUCUCGCAUAAGUAUACUAGUGUAAACGUGAUCGUGUUCCUGCAGUUUAAAUAGUCGGUGAAGUUAAACAAAUUGCCAUAAAUAUAAGUAGUUAUUAUUUAGGUGGUAGCGGUGUAAAUAGUUAGGGUUACGUCUGAAAUGGAAGUGACCAGUUGGCGAUUGCGCGGGCGCAUGGAAUGGGCAGAAAAAGCCGGGAGAGGCGCGGAGAGGAGCGGGGCGUGCGCGGCGACCCACCAAACGAGACUAGGUGGCCGUCGUGUAAUCUGUCGAUUGGUAGGUGUUAGGCGAGAAUUAUCAAGUCUUGACGUCACUUAGUGCGCCCCGCCUUAGCAUGCCUCGAAUAAUUUUCUAUGUCGCGAGAUCAAGAUAUCAAAUUCGACUAUCAAAUAUAUUUUUGUCCGCCCACACGACCGCUUAGGCAAUCGACUGCCAGUGAUUUAUGGUCAAAAUUUCCCGUUAGUAACGCUUACCGAGCACACUCCGCGUAUCACUAUUUCACAAAUAAAAGAACCAGUCUCGAUAUCAUCGUCGACUAUAAAUUAUGUGAAGCUCGGGUGAAAAAUCGCGGUUUGGUGUCCGCUUAUUUAUAGGUCUUAUGAAUAGGUACCGUAAAUAGGAUCGAUAUUGAUUAGUCUGUGAUGAGAGUGAUACGCGCUUGUGAGCUUGAGCGCGAGCAGUUAUCGUGCUCGACUAUCUGUCUGAUCUGCUAUCGCAUCGGUUCGGUGGCUGUUCACUAGGAAUAGGUCGGGUUCCCGCGUUCUGUGCCGUGAUAUAUUGUUCCGCAUCUCCCUGUAUAAAUCUUGAACGCCUGCUGAGGUACACGGGACGCGGCCGCGCGCCGCAGCACCGAGCUUCAAAUGGAAUUGUGUUUUUAUUUAUCGUGCGAAUCGCGCCCCACUAUCGCUCACUCGAAAUCGCACUUUAUCUGCCAAAACCCGAGCCGAAUCCGCGGCGAGGUUUGCAGCUCUUUGUAGUUACUCACUCAUGUGUACGCGCUUUAGUUUUCUUUGCAUAUGGCUCCUUUUCAAGCACUUACUCAUGACUAUUCCAAGUCUGCAAUCGACAAUACAUUAUUUUGUAUAUUUUGAUAUUAAUUCUAAAGAUAGUGGGGCAAAGUGAAUUCGUACAUGCUUAUUUAUUAACACGUUCAUUGUUGGUGUAACUUUAAAAUGCUCAAUAAGGAUUUAUAAUUUUAAGUAUAAAUUAUGAAAAGAUUACUUUUAUUUGCCAUGAACAUGUUAGUAUUUAUUUGUAGCGUAUAUUUGAUAUACAAAUGGUUUGGUAAAAGUCAAGGUUCACCUUGAAGAUUGCAUUGAACGUGUUAAAAUACCUAAUGUAAAUAUUAAGAUUAGUGUAAAUGUAUUUGUAACAGAAAUCUGAUGUACAACGUCUGUAUACGUUCGUAAUACAUUAACUAGUGAUACCUGUACCUACUACAGACUUACAAAACAUUUGUUGGCAUGUUACACGUAAAAAUAUGAUGUAUGUAUCAAGACUAUUUAAUAAAUUUAAGAUCGGCAUCCGUGAAUUUGUCUUUCGACAUUAAAAUUGAUUUAUAACCAUUAAAAUAUGAAUAAAGAUAGUAUCUCGACAUGUUCAGUAUAAAUAAAAUUCGCAUAAAUAAUUAUAUUUUUAGGGAAUUUACAUAAAAUUUAAUAUGUGACAUGCCAACGGUCCUAAAUACGUAAUACAAAGGCUUUAGUAUGAAGAAUAUUCCAUUUAUUAGUCGAUAGCUUAACUUAUUCUUAGACAAAUAGUUUAUCUAUAGUCACGUUAAAAUGACAUGAAUCAAAACUAGUUGUGCCCAGUAUACGAAUAGCUAAAUAAUUUAAGUAAUAUUGUAAUUUAUGAUAAGAUACAUUAGCGGUAAUAUUUUUGGAUUCCUAUAAACAUAUACGUAAAUGUCUUCAUUAAUAUAAAGAUGAGCAAAAUUUGGCCAAGAUUCUUUCACUUAAUUUGUUUUUUUACCUUCAAAGUGCCAAAUUGUUUUGUAUUAAAUAUAUGUAUGUAACACAUUUUUCGUCUUAUCAAAAUAUACCUCUCAAAGUUCCUUUUUAUUAUUACGUGCCGCUUAAUUUUUAAUCGCCUGUUUUAGCGAAAGAAUCUAUGACUAAGUUUUCUUAUCAAAUUUUGUUAUAUAUUGUACAUAAUACACAUUAUUUAUAUGACUAGCUUUUUUCAUAGAUGCUUAACAGAAUUUUAAUCAAUUUUUCCGUGUAAUUUUUUAUUCUAAAUUUGAAUACUUGUUUACAGCCACUGUUUUUGACUAAAAAUGAGAUACGGUAGAUUUAUAGAAACACGAAACAGUUGAAAUGUUUAUUUAUUUAAUUGGAAUCGUGCUCAGGAAUAUAAUGCGUUAAAAUUUGUCCCUUAAACAAAGCAUUUGUCAUACGUAAUUACUAGGUAGGCCCAAUUUAUUGUAAUGUAACAUAAUUAAUAUUAAAUAGUAAUAAAUGAAGAAUACUUAAUGAACGAGGGAUUUUAGUGUAGAAAAUGAUUUAAAUGUUUGUGUUUCAUGAUUGUAAUUGUGUGAAAAGUUGUGUAAUGUUAUAUUACCCGUCUACCUAUUUCAUAUACGAAUGAGAAGCGAUAUUAUAAUUUUUUGUACAA